GUAAUGCUUGAUAAGACCAGCGAUGGACUGUUGCGAUAGUGCGUGCGAUCGCUUUUGACAGUUCCGUAACGUGCGGGAAUUGAAUUGCGAGCGCGGUGAUAAAAAUACGAUGGUCGAGGCUCUAAUCCGGGACUUAUAGAUAGAGCGAAUCUGUGCGUAUAUCGAGAGUCGAGCUGUAUACGCGAGGUGUAUACGUGAGCGCAUCGGUGUUCGCUUACGUGUCCGGUAUUCCUCAUUUCUGUGUGUGCAUACACGACAUACACACACACACACGCACUCGCACACAUAUACGGCGAGUACAAUAUCCUUAUCCUUCGACCGACUCCGCCCGCCGCCUGCCGCCCGUCGCCAGCCCGGCGCAAGGACAAAGGACGGUUACGUUGGUAUCGCCGCGGCGAGACCCUCGAUAAACCCAAAAGCAUCUUUCUCUCCUUCUCUCUUUCCUUUACGCGUACUUUAUACAGUGCGUCGCGCUAUAAGCUAUAUUACACACGCACAAAUCCUCUCUUCCUGUGCUUUGUGCGCAAUCUUUCGCUUCCUCUAAUUUCCUUUUACAUCGCCUUCUCACUCCCUCUAAUAAGAAGCUCCAUAUCGCUUGUUCUAGCAAGUUUCGUAUACAUAUAUUGCCUUUUGCAUACUAUUCAUGAGUUAAAUACGCGUUGCGUGCAGCGCAACGAACGUCUUCUCUCUCUCUCUCUAUAUAUAUAUAUAUAUAUAUAUAUAUCUCUUUUCCUGUAUCCUCCCCUCCUCCGUCGCUCCUCGACAUAGCACUCCGUCUCUCCUACUCGCCGUAGUCGCCGUCUCCGUCCUACAGGCUACAGUACGAAGUAUCGUAUAGCGAGCGCCCUCUCGCCCCCUCCAGCAGUAGCGGUUCGUCGUCUCCCGUUUCUCAUCGUCGUCGUCGUCGACUCGGCGAAGAAUGGAGGCGAUCGCGAAGCACGACUUCACGGCUACCGCCGAGGACGAGCUCAGCUUCCGCAGGAGUCAGGUCCUGAAGAUUCUGAACAUGGAGGAUGACAUGAAUUGGUAUAGAGCUGAAUUAGAUUCUAGAGAAGGGCUUAUACCAAGUAAUUAUAUCGAGAUGAAGAGCCAUGAUUGGUAUUAUGGAAGGAUAACCAGAGCAGAUGCUGAAAGAUUAUUAUCGAACAAACAUGAAGGUGCCUUUCUGAUCAGAAUCAGUGAAAGCUCUCCUGGUGAUUUCUCCUUAUCUGUAAAAUGCUCCGAUGGUGUGCAGCACUUUAAAGUAUUAAGAGAUGCACAGGGCAAGUUCUUUUUAUGGGUUGUCAAGUUUAAUAGCCUCAAUGAACUGGUAGAGUAUCAUCGCACGGCGUCUGUUUCUCGCUCGCAAGACGUUAAGCUGCGUGAUAUGAUUCCAGAGGAGUGUCACCGCGUAAAACGAUUGUGUCAUGGCUUUCAGUGUCUGGUGCAAGCGCUCUACGAUUUCACGCCACAGGAGCCGGGCGAGCUAGAGUUCCGACGAGGGGAUGUAAUCACUGUCACAGACCGCACAGAUCAACACUGGUGGCACGGAGAGAUCGGUAAUAGGCGGGGACUGUUUCCGUCUACCUAUGUUACGCCAUACCACUCCUAGGCUUUAUACGGCCGAAUGCACAGAGGCCGUUAUUGGGAACAGCGGCCGUCUUAUCCCACCACUAUCACUUACAGAAUCCGAAUCGCUGCGGAUUUGAUAAACAAUAUUUUGCAAACCUCACCUAUCGAAUGGGCCGCUAAAGUGUAUUGGUGGUCUCGCCGAAAAGUCUUCUGAGUAUAAACACGAUUAAAAGUGAUCAUAUAUUCCAACACCGAAAUGAUAUUGCAGAAGAAUAAUUAUCGCGUUUAUUUGGAAGAGAGGAAGAGAGAAAAAAGAAACAAUAUAUUACAUCGAAACGUCCGAGCACGAAGAUACAACAUCUAGAAUCUAAGGACGAUUUGAAUAUUUAAAGAUAUCCGACGAUAUCCGAAGAUCCAAGGAUAUAUGAAUGCGUUUACGAAUAUCUAGGGAUCUAAAGAUGCCUAAAAGAUGCCUAAGGAUCUAAGGAUUUAAGCAUUUAUAAAAUUCUAACAAAAAAUCUGUAAUGAUCCUUUAUCUAAGAGUUAUCUAAAUAUCUAUGUAUGUCUCCAAGGAUCUAAGGGUCGCUAGAGCGCAAUCUCCACCUGCGGCGGAGUUGUGUUCCUGAAUAAUCGCAUAUGUACAUUUUUGUUUUUUCUUUUCUUUUUUUUUUUAUAUAUAAGCCUUCUUUUUGAUGAUUCUACGUUUUCCUUACUUACGUAAAGCACAAAAGUUCGUAGCAUUAUUGUGUAAUUAUUAUCUUUUAUGAUUAUUAUUAUAAUUAUGACUAUUAAUGUGUUAUGUUACAUUUUAUUGAUAACAAUAUAUUAUAUUAAUUAUGGC